AUGUAUGACAACCUCCUUUACCGCAGCAACCAGGCUAUGGCCCUUUUCCCCGGUCUUAUCGGUCUCAACCUCCUCAUCCGCCCCGAAGCUACACUGCAACAAAUGGAUUUCACCAUCCCUUCUGAGCCUCAAGCGCGGAAGCUCACGCGAGGUCUUGCGCGAAUCUAUGGCAUCAGAAAUGUCGUCGUCACCAUUCUCUUUAGCAGGCUCAGCUUGACCAAAGAUCCGGGGAUGAUCAAUCUUGCUUACAUCGGAGCACUGGCCAUGUGUCUGACAGAUGGUAUUGUGGCUAAAUCGGUUAUUGGACAUGGGGAGUGGAUGCACUGGGUGUUUGCACCAGUUUGUGUUGGUGCUAUUGCUGCGAAUCAUUAUAUGGGUUGA